AUGAAAGUCAUCUUCGCGGCCCUCCUGCUGGCUUUCAUUAUUGGCGGUACUAACUCAUGUGAGAAAGUAACCGCCGAAGAGCUCUCCGAUUGGUACCAAUACGUCAGAGACUACGCCGAACAACACUCUUUGACGGGCAUGGGGAUCAAGGAGGAUGGCACAUUCGAAGGCAGGAAGACUCCCGGCGAAAUCGUCCCCGUCGACUUUCAGCUACCACCCCGGAUCCUGGCCGAGAUGCAGAGACGCCAAGCUCGCUUCCUAGAGAAGCGCUCAAACAAGUCGCCCGAGCCCAGAGAGCGCGAGUCGAUCGAGCCUCAAGGCUGCAAUGACUCGGAAGUUACCGACGAAGAACUCUCCCAUUGGUAUCAAUACGUUCAAGACUACGGCGACAAACACUCUUUGAGGGCCAUGCGAUACAGAGAGGAUGGCACGUUCGAAGGCAAGAUGACUAGUGGCGAAGUCCUCCCCAUCGACCUCGAGCUACCACCCCGGAUCUUGGAAGAGAUGCAGAGACGCCAAGCUCUCAUUAUGCCGGAGCUCGAAAGGUCGGCCCUGGAGCUCGAAAAGUCGGUCCUGGCUCAGGUCGAGUAUUUCAGAGAGCACAGGUCAUUCGAACCCAAAAGCUGCGGUCAGUAG